UCCCCCGGGAUCGCAGCUCGCUUUGACCGCCACUCACCCUCAGCCCCACGUCGUUGAUCCCGCAAUGACGCCCACCUCGGCGCCGGUGCCGACCCCGACGUCGGCGUCGGGCCCCAACAACCCCGUCGCCAUGAGCCAGCUGGGGACCGUCUACGCCACCAAGAGACGGCGUCGGAACGGAAAGAGCUUAAAACCACCACAGAAAGACGGAGUGACAAAGUCGAAUCCCAGCAAGCGGCAUCGAGAACGAUUAAAUGCCGAGCUGGAUACGCUGGCAUCGUUACUUCCUUUCGAGCAAAAUAUUCUCAGCAAGCUGGAUCGACUGAGUAUCCUUAGACUCAGCGUAAGCUACCUCCGCACUAAGAGCUACUUUCAAGUGGUGAUGCACAAGGAUAAAGAGGAGAAUUCACACCACGACUCGCAUUACAGGGCGAGAGAGUUGGCAGCGCUCGCUGCUUACGACCAUCAUCACCUCGACGGCGAAAUGUUCCUACAGGCACUAAACGGGUUCCUGCUAAUAUUAACUUGCGACGGGGAAGUGUUUUUCGCUACCCACAGCAUAGAGAGUUAUCUUGGCUUCCAUCAGUCUGACAUUGUCCACCAGAGUGUCUACGAACUGGUGCAUAGCGAAGACCGGGAAGAAUUGCAACGGCAAUUAAUGUGGAAUUCUUUUCUACCCGCUGAAAGUGCAAGUCUGCCGUUGCACGACGCACUUUCGCCCCAGCAUUGUCAUCUGCUCGAACGUAGCUUCACGGUUCGCUUCCGUUGUCUUCUCGACAAUACAUCCGGUUUUCUGCGUCUCGACAUCAGGGGCCGAGUUAAAGUACUUCAUGGGCAGAAUCGGAAAACGGAAGAGCCACCUCUGGCCCUGUUCGCCUUGUGCACACCGUUCGGGCCACCGUCGCUUCUGGAGGUACCGCAGAAGGAAGUGAUGUUCAAGAGCAAACACAAGUUGGAUCUCGCGCUCGUGACGAUGGAUCAGAAAGGAAAGAUGCUUCUAGGCUAUUCCGACGCGGAACUAACGAAUCUCGGUGGCUACGAUCUAGUCCAUUAUGACGAUUUGGCCUACGUUGCUAGUGCACAUCAAGAAUUAUUGAAAACCGGUGCGUCAGGCAUGAUAGCCUACAGAUUUCAAACGAAGGACGGCGGAUGGCAGUGGCUGCAGACUAGCUCCAGACUGGUCUACAAAAACUCGAAACCAGACUUCGUGCUCAGUACUCAUCGGCCUCUCAUGGAAGAGGAAGGUAGAGAUCUGCUUGGCAAACGUACGAUGGACUUCAAGGUGAGCUAUCUGGACGCUGGAUUGACCAACAGCUACUUCUCGGACAGCGAUACUCUGACGGGAUCCGUCAUGACGCCGACGUUACCGGCGCAACCGGCGCCCCAGAGAGUGAAUAGGCGAUAUAAAACACAGCUGCGCGACUUCCUGUCGACGUGCCGCAGCAAACGCACCAAAAUCUCCGCGCAGUCGUCAGUGUCGCCACCGGUGACUCCCACAGUCGCGUCUGUGGAUUAUCUUGCGGCGGAUACCAGCGCAGCAGCCGCGGUCGCUGCGGCGUACAGCAAUUUGAAUACGAUGUAUCCGACGCCAUACGCGCCCACAGCAGUGGCGGCAAGCACUGAUCCUUCCCUGACGACUUACAUCGGUCACACAGGCAACUAUCAUCAGACCCUUUAUCCAGCGAGUGCGUUAGAUAACAGGUAUCUCACAGCUGCGACAGAGAAUUUAUUCCAAUACAGGACGCUAGGAUCGUAUUAUCCGGAGUAUCAUACUGGCACCGCGUACAAUGGCUUCAUCGACGUGUCGUUGCCUACGUACGAGACCCAUCAAUUGACCAGUAAGACAGAGGAGAAACUCUACUGUCAACAACUCGGUAGCGGCGAGUCGCCCAAGUACAGUUACGUGGAGACGAGACAUCCCGGAAGUGUUAGCGGUUCACCCUAUGCCGCCAGUCCGGUGGCAAGCGCGUCCACGAUGCAUCCAGCGACAACCGAUAUGAACGUGGUGCGCGCCGGCAGCAGGCAUUCCCUGGAGGGUGGCGCGUCGUCCAGCAAUUCCGCCGGUAGUUCGCCAGUGACCGGCACGGCUAACGGUAUGCUGACGCCAAAGAUCGAGGAUGUCAAGCCCGAGGUGUAUGGCAACGAGGCGCCGCGGCAAACUGUGCUGAUGUGGGGCGCGCCGCCGUCGCGCACACCACCCAGAAACAACGGCAGCUACAGUCCUCCGACGCCACAUUCGACUCAUUCAUCCACGCAUUCGACUAAUACCACCGGUGACCCGCUGAAGUCGCUUGCGGAGAUGAACUCCAUGAACGGGGACUGUAAAUGGCGGCAGACCUCGCCGACAGAUCGGCAAGUGACUGCACCGAGUCCGCCAAGGAAUAACAAAACGCAACCAUCUCAACAGCAGCAACAGCAGCAGCAGCAGCAACAUCAUCAUCAGCAACAGCAACAGCAGCAUCAACAACAAUAUCCCGUCACGACGUCGCAAUAUCAAGCGGCCGCAGCGGCGGCUGCGGCCGCUGCCGCUGCCGCCAGCACCAUCGGUUACACGCACUCUCAUCCGGGCCAUGGCGGACACGGGGAAGCGGGCUCCGAGGUAUGGCAAGGAGUGCAACACCACCAUCACUACCAGUACUAUCCCUACCACCAUCACCACCCCGCACCACCAAGGCACACGCCCCACACGCCACCGUCAGCUGCGGGAACGGGGACGGGGGUGGCGGCAGGCAUGGGCAUGGGCACCGGGGCGGACAACAGCACCAGCAACAACAACAACGUCUUGUACCACCCUCCGCACCACCACCACGUGGUGGGAUCAUCAGCGGCGGCGGGACUGGGCCCAACUGUCCCACAGAUUCCAAACCGGACGCCGGGAGUCCUUUGCUGUCCAUCUCUGAGGUGACUAACACCCUGCUCAAUCAAU